UUUUCUAAAUCACUGUUUAAAAACAAAACACCUUGUCAUAUGGUUAGAGUUAAAUAACUUGAGCAGCUUGGUGUGCUCUUUUGUAGCUGGUCAGACCAGUUGGAUUUUUCAUCAGAUCUAUUUACAUUUCUUUUAUUUUUAUUUUUAUUUUUGUUUUUAGUUUAGGAACACAAACAGCACAUGCUCAUUUACUAAAGCAACCUCAGUAUAUUGUUGUGUAAUUAAAAAUGAAACAUUUCGUGUAACUACAAUGCCAAAUAUGAGGCAGUUCUUGAUUUGUAUCACGUGCAUUGGAACGAAGGGGGGAACAAAAAAACCAGCACGUGCGCCACCCGGUGGCACAACAGGAAGGCUGCGGUAAAGAUAUCCGGAAGUAGGACGAUGACGUCAUUUAAAACGUCAACUCUACAAAAACACACAACUUGUCGGAAUAGACGAUAGAUUUGAAACACCGGAAAGUUAAACAGUAUCAUUAUUUUUCUGGGAACCGGAAGCGGUAGAACAGGAGAAUAAUGUCUGUUGUGUUGGCGAUAAUAACAGCUGCUGUUACAGCAUAUGUACUUAUUUACUAUAACGUGUUUAGAGGAGCCCGGUGUAGAAGUACCGUGAUGCUGAAAGGGAAGACAGCUGUAGUCACUGGUGCUAACACUGGCAUUGGGAAGGCAACAGCCCUGGAUUUGGCCAGACGAGGAGCCAGGGUUAUUCUGGCCUGCCGGAACAAGGAGAAAGCCGAGGCGGCUGUGUAUGACAUCAGAAGGGAAAGUGGUAACGCAGCUGUUCUGUUCAUGCAUCUGGACUUGGCCAGCCUUAAGUCUGUGCGUGAUUUUGCUGAGACAUUUCUCAAGACUGAGCCCAGGCUGGACCUGCUCAUCAACAAUGCAGGACUAAUGCUAGCAGGCAGAACUGAGGAUGGCUUUGGCAUGAUGUUCGGGGUUAACCACCUGGGCCACUUUCUUCUGACUCUGUUGCUGCUGGAUCGGCUGAAGGCAUCAGGGCAGAGUCGAAUCGUCAACGUGUCAUCCAAACUGCAUCGGAUGGGCUCUGUGGACUUUAACACUCUCAACACACACAAGGAUGUGGUGACGGGGCAGUCACUGUGGCACUGCUUCAUGGCCUACUGCCAUAGCAAACUCUGUAAUGUGCUGUUUAUCCGAGAGUUGGCCAACCAUCUGGAGGGGAGCAGUGUGACCUGCUAUAGCCUUCAUCCUGGAGCAGUAGCUACAGAAAUUGGCCGCAAUAUAAAUUUGUGGAUGAGGCUGCUGCAGAUGAUCUUCUCCAAGCUCUUCUUUCUGACGCCAGAAGGCGGAGCUCAGACCACGCUGCAUUGUGCUCUCCAGGAGGGCUUGGAGCCUCUGAGUGGCCGAUACUUCACCUCUUGCGCCCUCCACGAAGUCAGUGACAUGGCCCGAGACGAUGGGCUGGCCAAAAAGCUGUGGGAAGUGAGCGAGAGGAUGUGUGGCCUGUCGUGAGAGAGAGAGCAAUAGAAAUCCAAUGAAACUCCAGCACAGCUGAAAUAAAGCCAUACAUCCCACUCCAACCAGGGGAUUGGGAGACAGAGGAAAAAUGACUGCCGCAUGGGAAAGCAGCAGCCGAGUGAAAGGAACCCCAAGAUGAAGGAGGUAAGGUAUCACCCUGGCUCCUGUGCAUCAGCUGUGUCCUCUAGUGUUCGGGGAAACAGAUUGGUGGCGUACAAUCCCUGCAUCGCCUCUUUGCCUUUGGCGCAUCAGGCAGACGGAGUGAGCCUAGAGUAAAUCAGCUUGCUGUCCCUUGGUCCAAUUUCCCUCGAGAGCUACAGCCAGGCCCACUGAAAUCAUGUAGCUCUGUUUGCUUUUAGACACAGCAUCUUACACAAAGCUGAAAGAAACUUUUUUUUCAAUUUAAGCUUUUUACAAUGGAGAACACAAUCGUCUGUUCUGAUGGGUCUUUAGAUCCCAAAUGUUAACACAAUGAGGAACACCACAGAGCUUUUUUUGGCUCUGGAAUUGAUCUUUUUCCCCCCGUUUUCCUUAGAGCUCAGAAGUGUGUAUGAGGAUGAUGGCUGCUGUUUGGGCAGGCUCCAAGCACUCUGCUGCUAUAGUGACUAAGCACCCUCUUCUGUGGCUCCAUGCAUACUCUAAUGUGAAUAAUGUUUCUCCUCAAAGUCCGUGGUAAUAAAUGGCAUGCCAUUCGGCACAAUGGCAAAAUCAGGGCCUGUAUUGAUUAACUCUCAUCAUCGACUUACUCCCACGUCCAUGAUUUAUGAUUGUCUGUUAUUUUUACAUUAGCCGUCAAAUUCAUCUUGUCUUUCCUGGCCAGGGUUUGGCUGAGCAAACAGUAAACAUUCUGAGUGCGCGCUUUGGUUCCCCUAUGUCGGUCCAUUAAACAUGCUACACUCUCCGAGCCUUCCACGGC